CCGAAAAUGACUGAAGACAGGGAAACCACACCGAACAACAUUAACAGAGAGAAAACCCCGAGGGAAAACGGACGUCCAGCACGUGAGCAGAGCAGAACACACUCGCGGCACACGAGCGGCUUGUGUACACAGACAGAAGAUAAAUGCCUCAGAAACCACGACGUGUAUGUGUACUCUCCUGCUUGUGUGUUGACUGCCCAUUGCACUGCAGUGGAUGAUCAGUUCGAUGAUGAGCCGCUGUCGGUCACUGUCCAUGAUGAUGCUCGGAUGAGGCCGAGGAGGUCACGCAGCUGGAGCGUCACAGAACAACCAGGUGACAAAAGCAAAGCACCAAACACAACACAACCACGUUUGUUGAUCGGUCCGUCCACUCACUGACUGUGGUCCUUCGUGUCGUCAGCGCCUCCCUCCCCCUCUGCCGCCCCUCAGCCAAUCAGCCCGAGUGUGAGGGGCGACGGUGAGGCCUUCCACACGCCGUCUGCGGGGCAAUCAGAGGACGUCUUCUUUGAUGUGACUGACGAACCUCCCCUGCCCGGACUCAACUCGCCCACCAAACCGCCCGGAUAUGCAGCGGUCUCUACGCCGACGACACGCCAACGUGAGCUCACGUGACAGGAAAUGACUCAAGGGGGGAGGGCGCCCUGCGAUGAGUGUGUGUCUGUUGAUAUGUCUGUCUGUUUGUGUGUGUUUGCAGGCAUCUAUCGUCAGCUGAUGGAUCACGAGAGGGAGUCCCCUGGCCAGAGGGACACCGAGGGCGCCGGCAAGGUCGUGGAUCGGCUGAUCCGCCUGUCGUGGGCCCACUCACACCUCCAGUCCAGCGCCAGCGGCGUCGGCAUGCAGGAGCGCCGCAGCGAGCCCCUCGGCAGCUUCGUCAGCGACGACACACAGCGGGGCAGCAUGACCUGCCGCAGCUCACCUGCCACACGCAUGACGAGGAAGGAGGCUGAAGCUGAUGGGGUCGAGGAGGCGGUGGAUCUGCCCAGCAUUCACGUGUCGGUGAGCUCGCCGGCAAUGGAGGUCAGCGAGGAGGAUGCGACCGCUGCUAUAGCUAGGAGGGAGGAGAGGGAGGGGGAGGGGGACCCGUGGGCUGAGGUGCCACGUGACGAGUCUCCUCCUGUGCCGCCCGCACUGCCCAUACCGCCAUCAAUGGUGCCGAAAAGGCAAAGACGGGUAGGUACGGGCACACACAGUGCAUCCAUUUGUGUGUGUGUGUGAUGCACCGCACCGACAGGGAUAGAUGCCGUCCGUGGUCACUGUGUUCCUUUCAGAAUGAGAUCCUCGAUUGGCGAGAGAUGGAGGAGCGGCAAGCCGAGGCGAGCGACGAGAGUGGCAGGCAAGUAUCUUUCUCACCGGCCGUCACGCCAACGCCGCCCGGCUCUGUCACCGCAGUGGCCAGUCCGCCCAGCAACCGCUUAUUCGAGUUCUUCUUUGUAAGCAAGAUGGUGGCCAAAUUAUAUCCGCAGAGAGCGGAACUGACUGACGGCAUGGGUCUUCCUUCAUCUGUGUCGUCUUGUCUUCAGAUUAUCGGUGUGUCACUAGACACGCUGGAGCACCUGAGCAGCCAGCAGGCAAACGACGACCUCACUGCGUCGAGUCAGUCGCCCUCCCCCUCCCCCUCCACCCACAACACCGGUCCCCUCCCCCUCCCCCCGGCCAGCGCAUUCGUCCGCCCAGCACCCUCAGCAUCAGGUGGCCUGCUGCCGUCCGUCGCUGCUCGCCUCGACGGCAGGAUGGGCGGCUGCGCUGCCGUGCCACCCGGGGGCCGCAGCAGCCGCUCCUACUUAUCAUCCCGUCGGAGUGUGGGGUCGUCGUCAGGGCGUGAGAGGGAGAGGGAUAGUGGGGGCGAGGGGCGUGGGGGCCACCGGCGGUCUUGGGAGGUGCCGCUGGAGGUGGUGACGGCAUUUCCUGUGAGAAACAAGAAGGGUGGCGCUUCCAAGGGUGCUGAUGCUGAGGGUGCGACUGCUGCUGCUGCCGACAAGACGGCGCUUGAGUCUUGUAUUUGUGACUUCUGCUUUCCGCAAGGUCAGCUGAAUAAGCUACUUAGUGGAUAUAUAUCAAGUCUUGCCUGAGAGUGUAAAUAAAUGAAGGUGUGUGUUGUGUUGUGUUGUGAAGGUGGUGUAGAGGUAUACGAGGUGUGCACUGCGAGUGAGUCGUUUUCAGAGCUGAAUGAGCUCAUCUACAGCCAGCAGGCCGUCAGGCAGCGGGGCGAACACACCUUCGUCUUCACCCUCGCUGCCGCAUCCGUACAGGUAAACAGAAAUACAAUCGAUGGAUGGAUGCCUCAUGGAAAGCGAUGAAUGACUUCUGUGUGUGUGGGUCGCCCUCGCCCUCGCCCCCUCGUCUGACACGUCAGGAGGUGCCUGAUGACAGCAUGUUUGACCCAACGGACCUGCUGUAUUGCUUCUGCCUGAUGAAAGAGGAGCUCCUGCAGAAGCCACCCACCACCGCCCGCUCUCCCCCCUCCCCGGCCUUGUCCUUCCCGCCCCCUCCCGACGCCUGGCGCGUGCCUCACUGCUACUGCAUCGUGUCGCGGUACCCCUACUUCCGGCUGUUCUUCGAUGUCCUCUUCGCCGUGCAGGCCUUCAGACAGCUUGUGAACCUGCAGCUGUUUCAUCCCGACGGUGUGCCGGACAGCGACACGGCCAAGGAGGACUGGCAGUGGAUCGAGGCGCAGGCCACCACUGACCCGACGCCCUUCUCGCCGGAUGUGCUGACGAGAGAGUGGCGGCUGCGGAGGACGCCUGUGGUGCUGUCGUCUGCGUGUCGGUAUGUGUUCCAUCGGCUGAGGCAGCUGCGGGCGCCGCAGCCAGGGAGCACUCUGGAGGUCCCGCUGCCGCCGCCACUCGACUGUGUCCGCUAUGUGCCGCCAGAGGCGCCACACAAUGUACGUACAUGACCAGACACAUAGCACACCCAUGCAGCACACUGAUCAAUGUGAUCCUCCUUCCCUCCCCUCCCUGUGUUUGUGUGGGUCAUGCAGCAUUAUUUGGCCGAGUGGUCGUACGGUGUGCUAUUUUCGCGUCUGCCGGUGACGUCUCUGCUGGUGCUCAUCAGCGCCGUCCUGCUGGAGCAGAAGAUCGUUGUCAUAUCCAAGAGCAUUGCUGUCGGCACGGCAGUCGUCCUGGCUGUGCCAGCACUCAUCCAGCCAUUCAAGUAACUCUCCAACCAACCAGAGGAGACGACAGCAACCAACACACUCGCCACUCUGUAUGUCCCCAUGGCAUGGCAGGUGGAUGCACGUGUUUCUGCCGAUCUGCCCGACAUCUCUGGCCGUCAACUUGAUCGAGGCCCCUGUGCCCUUUCUCGUCUCACUGCAGGCCCUCCCCGCCGCCCUCCAGCAGCACAUCCACGCCAUGCAGCAGCUAACACCCUCACCCAGACCCUCCGACAUGUCCGCAUUCGGCGCACCGCCCUCUCUCCCGCUGCCCCUGGCGAGCAGGGACGGCUGUGACGAGAUGGACACGGACAGUGCGAUGGACCUGGUGGUCAUCGACAUCGACAACGCCACCUACUGGGUGGGCAGCAAGGCCCUCACACACAAGUUGGCGGGCGCCCCUCAGCUCUUCAAGGCUCUGGGCAAGUUCCAGCUGCUGCUGCAGCACCCCUCCCAGCAGCAGAGAGCACCCCCACCACCAUCCCGCCCCACGCCGCCCACGUCAUCUCCCAGAUCGGCCGUGACGGAGCGUGUCAGCCGCAGCCCCCGAUGGAUGGCGGCCAUCACCAGGCGGACCAAGAACGUGGAGGGUGGCAAGAGGUCCGUCACAGAGGAGGGGGAGGCCACGACGACUGCCAAACAGGACUCACAGGAGGAGAUCAUGGACGGCGAGGGAGAGGAGGACGGAGGCGGUGGCAAGACGCAUCGGCAAAGGGGACAGCGAUUCUUUGCCGGCGCUAUGGGUGCGUACGCACGCACGGUGCAGCCAGCCAGCCAGAAGAUGAUCGGUCAGUCACAAUCCCAUAAAUUUGUUUCUGUGUGUUUCGCACAUCUGUGCAGCUCUGCGCAUCCCCCGCAGCCAAGGCCGCGUGAUCUCCGCGCCUGAGGCAGCCCCCACAGGCAAGGGUGACCGCUCACCCCCCUCCCUCACCAGGAGGCGCCUGUCGCUCCCAUCGGUGGUCGGCUUCGGUGUGCAUCGCACCAGCGGCGGCGGGCCCCCCUCCCCCUCCCCCAACUCACCCAGGGAGUACACCCCUCGCCCCACCUCACCCGCUGACGCCACCACGACCAGUCAUCGAUCUGUCGCUGGCGCGCUCUUCUCACGCCCGUCCGCAUCCCCACAUGCGUCACUAUGGAGGCGGGACAGAGACAGAGACAGAGGUGCCCCGUCAGUGUCUGCCGGCGGCUCCCCGCUGUUCAACAACCACGGGGGCAUGGGUGGGAUGGCUGUGGGCCCGCUGGGUCUGGCUGUGCUGGGUCUGGGAUUCGAGUUCACAGCCGAGCAAACGGAGCUGCUGCACCAGAUGGGGGAUCUCCUGCAGGCCGCCGCGGAGCUGCUCGCCAGCCACCUCAAGAUCUUCGUUCGCGAGUUCUACAACGUCAACCCCGUCCCACCGGUGCCCCAGAACCCGCCGCCCACACCACCGCCACCACUGGGCAGACGUAGCACAAAGGAGAGGCUGGAGGCUGAUGACCGAUUUGGGCUGGAGGAGGCACAAAACGGAGUAGUGGUGGCUGAUGGGGCGCCGGCGCCCGUCGCUUUGUCCGCUGCAGUGGGGGGUGAGGGGGUCACCCCACCCCCGCAGAUGCUGACGUUGCUAUAUGAUGUGGAGAGCCUUGGGCGUGCGUGGGAUGAGUAUGCCGGGCGCAACUUCGCUGUGUGUGAUCGGCCCUUCGCUGUGUCGUACUUUCGGACGCAAAUGUGCCAGUACCAGCUAGAGAGGCUCAUUCGCGAGCUGAUGCUGCCGCAACAACAGUGAUGUCCGGAACGAACGAAUGCACACCUGCCCACGUGGCGUGGCGUGGCCUCUCUCUUUGUUGUCCUAUGUGGACGUACGUACGUACGUACGUGUAAUUGGUGUGUACGUGUGUGCUUUACGUCUAUCUAUCUGUCAAUACGCC